UACAUAACACAUUCACAAUAUGACGAAUAUCAAACUUAAAUUCAUCACGAUAUAUGAAACUUUACAAUAGUGAUGGGGAAUUCUCGUAUGCUUGCUUCGUUUCGGAAAUUGCGUUGAAAUUAGAGGUCUUGGUCGAGAUAAGGAUAUAAGCGGUGAUUCGAGUGGGUCUAAUGGGUGCUGGGUCAGUAAUGAUUAUUCACGCAGUAUUUAGGUUCCCGCAGGGUCUGUUGUACUAACACGUUCAUCAGAAAAGAGCCAUAAUCACCUGCAAUUAACUUAGCGGCUCUGGAGGAAAACUGGAGAAACCUCCCGUCUCGUAGACGACUUACGAAAUGGGAUGUUCAAGCUCGAAGAUUCAAGAUCUCGAAAAACAAACAGUUAUUCCGAAGAAUGGGAAAUUGAUCGCGCAAAAUGCAGCGUCGGAAAAGUGGAAGAAAGAGGGAUUCUCGGAUGUUGACUUGCUACAACAGUCAACCCAGGAUAGAAACACUAGCGCAACUAAGAAGUCGGAAGUACAAAAGUUUAACACGGGCGAUCGGGUUCAUUUAAGAGGCUACAUCGGGACUGUUAAGUUUGUAGGAGCGACGGAAUUAGGUCAAGGAGAUUGGGUUGGAAUAGAAAUGGAUAAAGAGCUGAAUCAAGGCCACAAUGGCAGCUAUGAGGGAAUUCAGUAUUUCUUUUGUAAACCCAAACACGGCGUCUUCGCUCGGUCUGCUUUGGUACACGCGUUGAAUAAAAGCGACCAAGAGGCAAUGGAAAAUGACUCGCAGAUAUCCCCACAUAUUGUGCUGUUUAUUCAGACUCGAAUGCGAAGGUACAUAAAGUAUAUAAAGAAAAAGAGACUAGAGCUCACUUCAAGCGUUGAUCGCGAGAUAGACGCGCACGUUCGCAAAACACCAAAAGACGCAACUGAAUCAAUAGAGAAAUUAAGUCAAUACUUGACUGCCCCGUUUGAGGAGUCUCAGCGAAGUCGAGCGUUCGCCUUGUACAGGUGGAUUACACUCAACGUGAGCUUCGACUCAGAGGGGUAUUUUGGGCGCGCGGAGAAGAAGGAAUGUAGAGCGGAGAGCGUGCUGGUGACCCGCAGCGCUGUCUCCCAAGGGUUCGCAAACUUGUUCCAAGCGCUCUGUAUGGAGGCAGACAUUCAGGCACGGUCUGUUGACGGGUUCGCUAAGGGUUAUGGGUACUGCGCGGGGGAUGAGAUCCAAGGGAGCAAGUUCGCGCACACGUGGAACAUACUGCGCACGCGCGUGGGAUGGACCAUCUGCGACGUCACUUGGGGCUCAGGCUUUCUCGGAGAUGAUCUAAUGUUUCACAGGCAACCCAAUGCGCACUACUUCAUGGUGACCCCCGAGCUUGCGAUAAGCGAUCACUUUCCAUUAGACACAAAGUGGCAGUUACUAGAUGCGGUUAUCUCCAAGGAGGAAUUUGAGAACCUGGUAGUACCCUCCCCUGCCAUUUUUAGCUCUGGUCUGAGGCUCGAGAGUCACAAGAACUGCUUCUACCAGGAAGAGAGCGACAGUAUAGUCAUCACACUUCGCGCGCCUAAGCGUAACAUGAUUCGCGGGGUUCUCAAGGACUCCAGCGGGCAGACCAUAGGGCCCAGAAAUAUGAUAGACGUCACAUCCGGUAAACUCAAAGAAGCGGAUUUUCUAAUACCCGUGAAAGUUACCACGCACUUCCCUGAGCCAGGGGAGUAUAGAGUACAGAUCUGUCUUGUGAGUGCAGAGGGGCAGUUGGUACCGGGCGUAGAGUACCGAGUGAGGUGUAGCCGGGGUGUGGGACAAAACACUGGCGGGUUUCCUCACCUUGGUACAAGUUUUAACACGCUGGGAUUCGAACUGAUCAAACCGCUCGAGAACAUCGCGACUGAGAACGGUAGAGCAAAUAUCGUGCUGUCGUGUGAGGAUCGGAAGGUCACUAAUCUGAAAUGCAAACUUACAAAAGUGUUCUUGGAUUCUGGGGAUAACACGCUCAAGGAACAGGUCCAGGACAAAAGCAUGUGCUUCGUGGAAAAGAGGCUCAAGUUGUUCAGGAUCAAAGUUAAUUCACCGCAAACAGGGACGUACAAACUUGAUAUUUUUGCCAAGAAAGCUUACGCCAACUCCGAGUACAUCUGCACGUAUUUUAUCAACGCGUACAGCGGGGUGAAGUCGCCGGCAGGGUUCCCCUACUUGUCGGAGAAGUUCUCCUCGAGGGGGUUCACGCUUGUGGAUAAGUUUGAGAAUAUCGAGGCGCGAGAUGGGGAGGCUUCGGUGACACUCAAGAUUCCGGUUGGUGUACGCAUCACUGGGUAUCUAAAAUCAGGCGAGGAAGACCUCCCUAAUAUGUGCUACACUGAGAUGAAACCCAGGGACAAAGGCGCGAAGACUUACGAAUCCACCGUCCACAUCCACACGCCGAGAGCUGGAGUUUUCAAGGUCAACAUAUUCGGGCGUGAGGCGAACGGAGAUACCCAGUUCGUCUGCUCUUACGUGGUGAAAUCGCUCAAGCCUGCGGGCGAUAACCCUGGGUUCCCGCGGGUUUCGGGUCAGCUAAAAACGUGGGGAGUGGAGUUGGUAGAUCAACAACAAAACAUCACGUCGCCGGAUGGUAAAGCGUCCGUUAAGAUCAAGACUCCAAAUGAUCUACGGAUCUUUGCUGAGUUGAAUGAGAUCAAUUCCAAAAAGAUUCCUGGUAUGUGUUUAGUACGAGACGUGGAUGAAAUGGUCACAGGAGGGAACAAAGAGAUGACAGAAAAAGGGAUCAAAGAGAUCACAAAAGAAGGGAUCAAAGAGAUCACAAAAGAAGGUAUCAAAGAUAUCACAAAAGAAGGGAUCAAAGAGAUCACAAAAGAAGGGAUCAAAGAGAUCAAAGAGGGGAGGAUCAGGGAGAUCUUACUGCAUACACCUGCGGCAGGCUUCUUUACUUUGAACAUCUUUGGACAAAAGAAAAAGGAUAAUAAAAAAUUCUUGUGCUCGUUUCGAGUGAAGGCCACAAGGGCGGCUUCGGAGAAUCCUGGCUUCCCCCUGUUAACUAACGAAUUCCACAGCUUAGGGCUGAAGCUGACGGAUCAGUACGAGAACCUGAUGACAAACACAGGGCGUGGCAGCAUCACCCUCAAGACACCAGGAAGCAUUCUAUUACGGGGCCGUCUAGAACAGGACGACCAGCACCUAGACGAAGACCUCUGCUCAUCGGAGCACUCAAAGGGCCUCACCAAGAUCUCUUUUCAUCUACCCGAAGCCGGGCUUUACAAGUUGAAUAUGCAUGGACACGAGGGGUCAAAAUCAGAGCCGCAGUUUCUUGGGAGUUUUAGCGUGCUUGGUACGCGGGGGCUUGGGGAGAGGGCGGGGUUUCCUACCGUCCGUGAGGAGUUUCGUAACUGGGGCCUCAGGCUUGAGAGUCAUAAGGAGAACAUAUCUGUGUACGAUGGUGUCGUUGUGCUGUCUGUUUUAAACCCGAAUAGCGUGGAAAUAGAGGGCCAUCUUCUGGAUAGCAAUGAUAAUGACAUGACGAGAGCGUGGGUCAAGAGGGACGAUCAAGAUGAGCGCAUGGCUUUUCACAUCAAGCUAUCGAAGAGAGGGAAAUAUCGUUUUCAGAUAUCGGGCUCCAAUGUAGCCGGGGGGGAACGGGAGCCGUUAUGUUUUUACAAGAUAUACUACUAAGCCCAGCGAAGUCACGCCCCAGAGAUCUAGCUAGCGGGCUCUUACUGCAUUUCUAGCGCCAGUCUAUCGAAUGAGAACCUUGUCAACAUGGUUCCGUCUAUCUUCUCAAAACAAUUGGUGAACUCGGGAUUUCUAGAGCGGAUAACCUAGCCGCCAUUUGUGUUUGUUUUGGCAUGAAUUUGCCACUCAAAAAGAAAAGUGUGCUUGACAGGGAGUCUAGCGCGUGGUGAAAAGGUUUUGCGGGUGCUGCAAUUAGCAAUGAAAGGAUUAUGUUUUGUGCUAUCUGAGGGAUCUUUAGGAAAAAUGAAAAUGAAGCUUGUGUCUAAGCUUGUACAAAAAAGUAAUUUUAUAUAAACAAAACCCACUGCAGACUACUGAUUCUUUGGGAAUCCCGAAUAAUAAAUUAUAUCUUUUAUUUUUUUUUAUUUCAAAAUGUUUUUGUAAAUCAUACAAUCUUGGUUUAUGAGCUCUAGCCCGCCUUGUUUAUUGAGUAUUAAAUUGUAGUUUUAGAUGAACUAUAAAAGUUGUAGAAACAUUGCGACGAACGAGGCAAAGUCAAAAGAACUAUCACAGUAAGAUAACAAAUAAUGCGAGAAUUUGUCGCGUGAUGCAAGAAAAGAGCCACAAUAUAAGAACAUUUUAAUAAACACUAAAUAUCACCAAACAUACUAAGUGUAUAUUGGGGUUAUUCACCUAAAUACGCAUUCUUAAAACCUGUACAAGAAUUCUGCGUUAUUUUGGCCUAUGGUUGACGACGCUGGGUACGCUUUUAAGAUAAAUCGGCUGAAAAACCAGAUGAGCCGCAUAGCCAUGAAUAUGUACAAUACCUAUAUACAAAUAAAGAUUCAAGCCGUACGGUCA